GGAGCCUAUGGCGCGGCGGCCGCCCGCCCGUCCCGCCGGCACCGGGUCACCUCUCCGAGCGGUGCCGAGCUGUCAAAGCUGCAGGGGUGCCUCCGGGAGUGGGAGCGCCGCACAGCUCCAAGUCCUGGCUCCAGCCCCCUUCUCCCGGUCCCCAAGGCCGGGCGGCAGCCAUGAAUGGCGAGGAGCAGUACUACGCGGCCACGCAGCUGUACAAGGACCCUUGCGCGUUCCAGCGGGGCCCGGCGCCAGAGUUCAGCGCCAGCCCCCCUGCGUGCCUGUACAUGGGCCGCCAGCCCCCGCCGCUGCCGCCGCCGCUGCCGCCGCCGCCGCCGCCGCCGCCUCCAUUCCCGGGCGCCCUGAGCGCGCUGGAGCAGGGCAGCCCUCCGGACAUCUCCCCGUACGAGGUGCCCCCGCUCGCCGACGACCCCGCGGUGGCGCACCUCCACCACCACCUCCCGGCUCAGCUCGCGCUCCCCCGCCCGCCGGCCGGGCCCUUCCCGGAUGGAGCUGAGCCGGGCGCCCUGGAGGAGCCCUGCCGCGUCCAGCUGCCUUUCCCGUGGAUGAAGUCUACCAAGGCUCACGCGUGGAAAGGCCAGUGGGCAGGUGGUGCCUACGCAGCGGAGCCAGAGGAGAACAAGCGGACGCGCACCGCUUACACUCGCGCGCAGCUGCUGGAGCUGGAGAAGGAAUUCCUGUUCAACAAAUACAUCUCCAGGCCGCGCCGGGUGGAGCUGGCCGUCAUGCUGAACUUGACAGAGAGACACAUCAAGAUCUGGUUCCAAAACCGCCGAAUGAAGUGGAAAAAGGAGGAGGACAAGAAGCGCAGCGGCGGGACCGUGGCCGCGGGCGGUAGGGACGCGGAGCCCGAGCAGGACUGCGCGGUGACCUCGGGCGAGGAGCUGCUGGCGCUGCCGCCCCCGCCGCCCCCCGGGGGUGCUGUGCCGCCCGCGGUCCCCGCCGCCGCCCGGGAGGGCCGCCUGCCGCCUGGCCUUAGCGCGUCGCCUCAGCCUUCCAGUGUGGCGCCUCUGCGACCGCAAGAAUCUCGGUGAGAGAUGGGGCUCCUCCCUGCCCGGUGGCAUCGGCCACCCGCAAAGGAGGGAGGCGCGGACCCAGGACCCCGGGUGUGACCACUGGUCCAGGCCGUUCGCUGGGGCAGGAGCUGGGCGGCCCACCCCAGACUGGAGGGGAGAGCCCGGGCUGUGAGGCGCCUAGUGCCAACUGGGGCGCGGUGGGGAGACGUUGGCCCACCUUCUGGAAGAAGAGACGUUUUCUGAAAUAUCUGGGGCCUCUUUGGGUGAUACUGUUGGACUGGCAACGUCUGUGCUGCCGUGCAGGUACCAUCACUCCAGAACCGUGGACCUCUUUAGAGAAGCCGGCUCUUCAAAAGACAACAGAAACUGUACAAACUGGAACCGUCCCCAACACAGCAGGCAAACUGGAUGGAGCGCCUCAACCUGCCCGGGGAACAGAGCCAUUUUUACUCCAGCCUCUGCCUUAACCUUUAGAAAUAACUGAAAGGAAACAUCUGAAGUUUCAAAGACCUAGUGAAAUCAAUGCCCAUGGAAUAGAAUAAUUCCUCCUUCUCCUCUUCUUUUUUAAUCCUUUUAGCAGAACCACAUCCUUCACC